GGCACUGGCAGUUUGCGCAACGCCGCCUGUGCAUAGACUACAUCAAAAAAAGUUUCGGACGGUCACGGAGUGCGCGGGAAAAAUUUAAAAACGUGUUGUGCAUUCGAAAAAUUUGACGUGUGUGCGUUUUGAUUUUAGUGGUUGCUGAGAAGAUAUAUUUUUUCAGACACAAUGGGUUCUCUGCCUCGGGUCUCAGUGGUGUCGGGUGCGCGGCGCGCGGUCCCCGGGGCUCCGCUGCCGUCCCACCUGGCCCGCCUUGACUGUAGCGACUCUACCGCUCUUGUGUACUCUGAUGAGACUGGCACAGCGCGCGUGACCUACGCGCAGCUUGCGGCGCGCACGAAUGCGCUGGCGCGUGCGUUGGCAUCGCGAGCGCGCGGCACCGGCGCUAAUCAGGAUGGCGACUUUGUUGUCGCCGUGUGCAUGCAGCCUACACACAACACAGUGAUGGCGCUCCUCGCGUGCUGGAAAGCCGGAGCGGCCUACGUGCCCAUGGAGCCCAGCUUCCCACAACAGCGCAUCAACCACAUAUUGCAGGACGCACAACCUGUCCUGGUUAUCUACGAUGAUCGCUGCAACCCAAAAAUGUUUGCCGCCACUGGUGUGCCGUCAGUCUCCUUCGAGGAGCUAGCGAUGGAAGCGAGCGGUCUUUCUGCGGAAACCCUGAACCCCAUGGAGAUGCUUGCUGACUCCCGGGUUGAUAGCAUUGCCAUCGUGCUGUAUACUUCUGGAAGCACUGGAGUGCCUAAAGGAGUGCGGCUCCCGUACUCCGCCAUCUGCAACCGCCUGUGGUGGCAGUUCCACAUUUUCCCGUUCACGGAAACAGAAGCCACCUGCGUCUGGAAGACCGCUCUGACCUUCGUGGACUCGGUCUGUGAGAUCUGGGGUCCGCUGCUGCAUGGACGGUCUUUGCUGAUCCUGUCGAGGGAGACGACUAGAGACCCUCAGAAGUUGGUGCGGGUUUUGGCUGAGAAUCAGAUACAACGUCUGGUCCUCGUCCCAACCCUCCUCCGCUCGAUCCUCAUGUACCUCUCCCUGAACCGCUCGGAACGCCCGCUGCAGAACCUGAAGCUCUGGGUCUGCUCGGGAGAGACCCUCAGCAAGGAGCUGGCUGCCCAGUUCUUCCAAUAUUUCGGAGACCACAGCGGCUAUAAGUUGGCGAAUUUCUAUGGGAGCACUGAGGUUAUGGGAGAUGUGACGUAUUAUGUAUUGGAGAAUACUGCACAGCUGGAUAACCAUAAUACCAUUCCGAUUGGUUCUCCCCUGGACAACUGCGAAGUAUACUUACUGGAUGAGGAGAUGCACCCAGCGCGGGAGUCCGAGGUCGGCGAGGUGUGGGUCGCUGGGGCCAACCUUGCGUGUGGAUACGUGGGUGGACAGGCGCCUGACAAAUUUUGCGAUAACCCUCAUGCAACGAGCGCAGACUACGGCCGCCUCUACCGUACCGGAGACUUCGGUAUGCUGCAGAAGGGAGUCAUUCUGUAUGCCGGACGGACCGACUCUCAGAUAAAGAUCCGCGGGCAUAGGGUGGAUCUGCAGGAGGUGGAACGUGCUGUCGCCGCUGUCAAUGGUGUAGAAAAAGCCGUGGUCCUCUGCUACGGGCUAGCGACCGGUAACCCUGAGAUCCUGGCUUUCGUCACCAUCGAGCCAAAUGCCAAGCUUGGUUCGCAUCACAUCGAGGCUGCUCUGAAGAAUGCCCUUACCUCCUACAUGAUACCCCAGGUUAUUAUGAUUGACACCAUUCCGCUGCUUGUAAACGGCAAAGUGGACAGACAAGCACUGCUGAAGAUGUACGAGAAUACUAAUAACAACGAUGACUCAGAAAUCCCCCUCGACAUCGACUAUUCCGGCGUCGACUCCGACAGCAUGGAUAAGGCCCGGGUCCUCUUCGAGACCGUUGGAGAGGUCCUCGGUCGCGCCGCCAGGGGAGCCCUAUCAGUCAGAGCGGGCUUCUACGAGCUGGGAGGGAACUCUCUCAACUCCAUCUACACAAUCACUAGGUUGAGGGAUAAGGGGUAUUAUAUCGAAAUCAGCGACUUCCUGGAGGCAGCCAACCUCGGAGAGGUGCUGUCGAAGCUGUCGACCAGCCCCGACUGCCAGGGCACCAACCAGCCCAAGUUUACAGCCGAACCCAUGCGCGAUGAACACAAAGACGACGUCAUUGACAUGAUAGUGACUUCAUUCUACGAGAAAGCCGAGCUAGAGCAGUUCCUCCGGCAUGAGAUUGAGACGCGCGACUACGCGCACUGCAUCAGCGCGUGUUGGGCUGCGCUACUGCAAGCACGUCUCUCCGUUGUCCUUAGAGACGACAGCGGAACUCCAGUGGCUGUGGCCUUAAACUUCGAUGCUCGUGACGAGCCAGAAAUCGAACUUACUGGCGGACUCGCCAAAAUUAUGGCUUUCCUGGAAUUCGUCGAGGGCUCUGUCAGAGACACUAUGCUCCCCGAAGGCAAAGGCACCAUCCUCCACUCCUUCAUGAUGGCAACAGCCGAACACCUGAACGCACGCGAGAAUGUGGCCGCGAUCCGCGCGCUCGAGCACGCCACCAUGCGCGUGGCGCGCGAGAAACGGUUCCUCGGCGUGUUCACCACCAAUACCAGCCCGCUUACACAGCAACUGGGCACCGAUGUCCUCGGCUUCCAAACCCUCCUCGACUACCAGAUCAACCAGUACGUGGACGAAAACGGCGCUGGCAUCUUCGGAGAGGCUCCUGAUGACAUGAGGGCCAUUGUGUGCUGGAAAACUGUUGAAUGAGCUGAGAUAAUGUAGGCUUUAUUUAUAAUCUAUGUACGAUUGAGAAUCCUUUAGCUUGAUAAUAAGUUUAUGAUCUGCAAAAACACAAUACAUGAAAGUGAGCGAAAGUUAACUACAAAUAUAGAUUCUGCUAUCUCUAAAACCGUUAACUAUGUUAAUUCUUCCGAGUUUUUCUAGAGGAUAGCACGAUAUACAGAUUUUAUGUUGCCAACAGAGGGAACAGGCAGAUUCAGACACUAUUACUUACUUAGUGCAAAAAUAAAGAUACGAGGAGACACAUUAAUCAGCCCAAUGAUGAAAUCAUUUGGGUGUUCUGUUUAAGGGCCCGGCCCCACUGAUGCGUCGCGUUGUUUCGACGCAAGCGACGUCGCAGCAUUCCUGCGACGUUUCGCAUAUACAUAUUUUUAUUCGCCAUGCCCAUUAAAAUGCGUUGCGACGACGACGGCGACUCUCUUAGAUUAGGUAUAAGUUCAUUGAUACUUUGAAAAGUUGGCAUAGUAUUAUCAAAUAAAAUAAUUUUGGAGUUUGGAACAAGUACCAGUGAAAACAAUAAGACAUAGAGGCUUUUCCUAUACUAAAGUUGAAUAUGAAAAACCAGUUUAGUAUUGUAGUGAUAAGGUUAGUUUUAAGAUACAACGAAUUUAAUUGGCUUGCCAUUGUAUAAAAAUCAAUGUUCUUCCAUUUCUACAUUAAACCGUACAGUCACGAAUCUCUGUAAACCUAAACGUAAUAUAUUUUGUAAUAGAUAUGUAUGUACCUAAUCAAUAAACGGUCAGUCUCAAAAAAUAGUAUAUUACACACCUAGCUAGGGCAGUAAAAUGAAAGUGAUUUGUGCCGCGGUGUGCAUACUAGGUAUAUUUCUGUUCGACGGAGCCGGAAAGCGGCAAUUGUUUCGAGCAGCGUGCCGAAAGUUGACGCUUUCCGCACGGAGACCAGAAAAAACUGUUGCGUGGUGGGGUGGUAAAAUUACAUAAAGAAAACUAGUUUGACCGUGGCCGUAAUGUACAAAAAUACGGUCAUACGCCCCACGUUGGGCGCCAAAUGUAAUGGGUCACACUCGUAAUCAAGGCUCGGAACCAAUUUUUUCUUCAUACAAAAAAUACCGGUAUUAUUAAGUUCUUUUUCGUUCUUUGGUUUAUUAUUUCAUUUUUGAUGGGCCAAUCUAAUAAUACGAAGUCGUUACCUAAAUACAUGAUUCAGCCCUACGAAAAGAGCAUAAAAUUAUUAAAAGUAUUGGGCUAUUUUGGUAUUUAAAAAAACCGGUUCCGAGCCCUGCUCGUAAUCGACCAAGUUACAAAUACGUGAUAGUUUUUCAACUAAGUUUAUGAAAUCUAACAGCUCUUGUUAAUUAUCAUCUACAUUUAAAUAAGUAAUGUUGCAUUACAUAGUUUGUAAUGUUUGUAGGUAUGUGUAAAAUAUUGUUAUUUAAAUCUUACUAGAUCUCUCAUAGUUGAGCAGUGAUAAAUACGCUCAAGAACAAUUAAAUUGGUGCAAUUUAUCUAUAAAUUGUACCGGUUUAUAUUGUUGUUGACUACCUAUAGAUAUUAAGCUACAGUCUAAUUUGUACCUUAUUGUUUUAAUUUAAUUUAAUUAAGUGUUUAAUGUAUUAAAUUAAAUUAUAGAA